GGAACUAUAAAAGGGGGCCGGGCGUAGGGGAGCGGGUUGGUGUUCUCACGGUGUUCUUGUUACGGGUAGGAGGUUGGGGUCACCCUUCGGAAGGGAUCCCAGAUUGUCCAAUGCUAAUGGAAUCGGAAGGGCAACGGACGGCUUCGAGUCCCGCGUCCAUGCUUGCGGCCCUUGUGGGCAAGAAAGAGAAACUCCAAGAAGAGCUCCGCAACAUCGAGAAGCAGGUCUAUGACUUGGAGACUAGCUACCUACAAGAUUCAAAUCAGUGCGGAAAUGUGCUGAAAGGUUUUGAAGGAUUUCUAUCAUCAUCAAAGAGCACGAUUAACUUGAAACGCCCAAGGAAGUUUCAGCCAGAUGAUAGGAUAUUCUCUUUGUCAUCAGUUACUUCACCUGCUGUUGAAGAACAUAUUGUUGGACGUGAUGAUGGAAGGGCUGAUUAUGGUCCAGGUCGAUUAAAGGGCUGGCCCAUUCCUGCUAAUGGACAAGGAAAACCGAAGAAGGGAGGAAGAAUUGCACUGAGAGAAGGAAAGAGAAUCCGGCCAUCGAAUGAAGAUAUUGAGGAUGAAGAUGAUCCUGAUCUAAGAUAACUCUGACCCAUUCUGAGUGCAAUGGACUGGUAGAAGGCUCGAUGUGGUCUCAGCGUUUUUUCUUUUUUUUUUUUUUUGUGUGUAUAAGUCUCCUAAUUAUAUAAUGUAUGCUCAUACUAACUUUCAUCAAGUAUAGAAAACCUGACCUUUUAUUCAUGCUUUCUUUAUACCUCUGUUGAUCGUCAUUUAACUUGGAUAUCACAGCUUCCUUGUCGCUGUAUCUGUGUAAACUUCAUGGACACCUUUUUGUAGCCUGAUGUAAAACGGAGGGAUGGGACAUUUUAGUUUCCUUUUUGACAGACAUAUUCAUGUAUGGAUAUAUUUUAUUGGAAGGUAAUUUUGGAAAUAUGUGCUUGAUAUGAUGUCA